AUGGUUCUCGAGUGCCAGUCCCUCCCAGGGCGUAAUAUUGAGGAGCAAGGAGUACCAAAUGCACCUGAAGUGCAACCUCAAGGAGAGUGGAAGAAGAGUAGGGCUGAGGAUGCACUGGUUUUAAGUUGGGUUGUGUUCAAGAGUGCGUUCUUGGGGAGUUUCUUUCCUCGUGAACUGAGAGAAGCCAAGGUAUGGGAAUUCCUUAGCCUUAAGCAGGAUUCACUAAGUCUGCAUGAGUAUAGUUUGAAGUUCACCCAACUUUCCCGUUAUGAUCUGGAGAUGGUUGCAGAUAUGAGGAGUAUGAUGAGUUUGUUUGUUGCUGGGCUGUCUCGUCUGUCGAGUAAGAAAGGUAAAGAUGCGAUGCUAAUAGGUGACAUGGAAAUAGAAAGGUUGAUGGUUUAUGUACAACAGGUUAAGGAAGAGAAACAGAGGGAUAUGAAUGAGUUUAAGAAUAAGAAAGCUAAGACAGGGAAUGAGUCUGGACAACAAAAGAGUAAUGUGAACCGUUCUCCCUUCCAACAAAGGUAA